AUGUGCCUUGUUGUAUAUUAUGGUUUUCAUGGCUGCCUGUCACGGAAAUGUGUGUAUGUGUCAAGUUGGCUGAUGAUGAGAGUCCUAGAUAUCUGUCCCUAUGUUGUUUUGGGAUGUUCUACAGUACGGGAGUAUUUGCAUCGCUGAACUCAGUAUAGAAGGGUCAGUUGGAUCUUUUAAGGAGUAAUACAGGCCUUUUAUAUAGAAUAAAGGAUUCUCAGAAUGCUGGUAAAAUGAAGGGGUCGGAUAAUCAGGAAAAACUAGUCUACCAAAUCAUAGAGGAUGCAGGGAAUAAAGGAAUAUGGAGCAGAGAUAUUCGAUACAAAAGUAACUUGCCCUUAACAGAAAUCAACAAAAUCCUCAAGAAUUUGGAGAGUAAGAAGCUUAUCAAAGCUGUGAAGUCUGUGGCAGCCUCCAAAAAGAAGGUUUAUAUGCUCUAUAACCUGCAGCCAGACCGAUCUGUGACUGGUGGAGCCUGGUACAGUGACCAGGAUUUUGAAUCUGAAUUUGUUGAGGUGCUUAACCAGCAGUGUUUCAAAUUCCUGCAAACCAAGGCAGAGACAGCAAGAGAAAGUAAACAGAAUCCCAUGAUACAAAGAAACAGCUCAUUUGCAUCAUCACAUGAAGUGUGGAAGUACAUCUGUGAGCUGGGCAUCAGCAAGGUAGAGCUGUCCAUGGAGGACAUUGAAACCAUCUUGAACACACUCAUCUAUGACGGGAAAGUUGAGAUGACGAUCAUUGCUGCGAAGGAAGGCACUGUUGGCAGUGUAGAUGGACACAUGAAACUGUACAGGGCGGUCAACCCAAUCCUUCCUCCUACAGGCUUGGUCCGGGCACCCUGCGGACUCUGCCCCGUAAGUGAACACUGCUUCACUUUGUACUCUUAUCAGCAUCGUGUGCAAAUGCCACAUAAACACAGGCACACUAGGCCUCCCACUUGUGUCACAUGAACUAUUCAACCCCACAGACUCCUGAUGGACAGAUGGCUAAUGAACAGGCCUUGCGUUCUUUCCUGGAACAUUUAGGCUAGGGACAUGCCCUUCUGUUCUUGGCCCUGAAGUGGAUACAUUUUCACCCAGACUAACCAUUCUUCUGUGUAAGGAAGGAAAAAGAGAUUUGCUGAGAAGCUACCAAAAAACCAAACAUUCUAAUCCUUCCUGUGUCCUUGGAGCUAGUGGUGUUAUUUUCUCUAAACACUGAGGGGACUUAGGGCUGGGUGUAGCUCAGUGGCAGAGCACAUGCUUAGGAUACACAAGGCCUCUCAUCUCCAGAUUUUAUCCCUGGUAUCCACCCCCCCGCCCCGAAAAAGAAGAAACUUAAAUUUAAGCAGAGACUGUUGCUUAGAAUAAAUACAGGGAUAAUGUUUUUUCCAGUGUGCCUUAGCAUUUUUGUUCAUCCAUUCCUAGGUGGUUUAUAAGCACUGCUGGACAUUCUGAGACCACAGAGAGCAGAAAAACUUUUUGUCUCUGUGACAUCAAUACUCUGCCAUAAAUACUUAUUUUGAUAGCCCCAUGUACCACAUAAGCUCUUUGUGACCCAGUUUCAAUUCCUAGACAAAAGACAACAUCCUGGUAAUUCUACUUAGCACCCUUUGAAGAUAGUUAAACGCAAAACAUCUUCAAUUUAGUAAAAAUUAGGUUGUCCAUAAACUUAGGACUCACUUCCUUCACUCUUAUGCACCUGCUGAUAGCCUUUUACCCAGCGGGCAGGUGAGUGGGUUCACCUUUAUGCUGUGGUAAUAGGUCUCCAAGCCAGGAAGGUGAUGCACACCUUUAGUCCCAGCACUUGGGAGGCAGAGGCAGGUAGAUCUCUGAGUUUGAAGCCUGCCUAUUCAUGACAGUUAGGAUUACAUAGUGAGACCCUGUCUCAAAAAACCAAAAACAACCCCCAACAAACAAACUACUACUACAACAACAAAAAACAAAACAAAACAAAAAUAAAAAAUAAAAAGUUUACAGUUAACCAUGAUCACAAAGUAGGCAUUGUUUCAGAGUGUUCUUCAAUAUAGUCCUAAUCCCUUUCAAAGAAUAUUUUCUUUUUCUUUCUUUCUUUCUUUCCUUCCUUCUUUCUUUCCUUCCUUCCUUCCUUCCUUCCUUCC